AUGGUGGAUUUCAGACUUCGCUCCACAAGUUUUGUGAGCACAUCGAAGAUGGAUUUCUGCCCUAACUGCGAAUUCAAUGCUAUACGGCGCUUCACCCCUUCUGUAGACGUCACUAAGAUCGAGCGAACCACAAUUGAUAAUGUCACCCGAACCUCCAUUUUGAACGAUAUAGCCGAUAUCAAACGGGAGCUACGCGAUAUCGAUGCCCUCAUCCUAAAAAUCAGAGGCCAGCACAACAAAGUGGUCAAGGCUCCUGGUGGCAGUAAGGCCCUUCUGUCGCCAAUACGGCGUUUGCCUCGAGGGACGCUGCUCCAAAUAUUUGACCUGGCAUCUUCUCAUAACCCCUAUCCUUUCAAUGCCCCGUGGGUUCCUGGUCAUGUCUGUUCCACCUGGCGGAGCAUUACCCGCUCUUUUGCCUGGACUAAAUUCCACCUUGCGGGAUCCUGCAGCGACCAUUUUACGUUCUUCGGAGAAUACAACUUUCUCUCUCACCAUCCUCCUGUCCCUUUGUCCUUAGAAGAACGCCCUGGGAAAGAAAUGAGGGGGCUUUUCCACGACACAAUCAUACAUUCGGGACGCUGCUCAAGCAUGGAAUUGAAUAUAUGCGCAGGUCAGAUAUCCGAGUUGCUGUUCUACGCAUUGUUCCCAGCCGUCAACUCAACGAAGCUUCAUAUCAACCUAGUUGUGGAAACGUUUGUGCCAGACACGGGGUUAGGCUUAGUGAAAGCAAACGGCGUGAAUGCGGCAUCGCUAAGACGCGCUGCGGCAACUAAGUAG